CCAGCAAAUCGCGAAGAAUGGCGUUGAUUUUGCAGUCGUUCAUAGAGCCAAGGAAGAACUGGUUCGCCCGCCAGCACAUGAAGGCAAUCUUCACGCACCUCCGUUAUUACGGGCUUCGCUACGCCAAUCUGUACGAUCCCUACUAUGAUUUGGAUGUCAAGGGGGCUCUGAAUCGGUUGCCCAGAGACAUAGUCGACACGUGCAGCCAGCGUCUGAAGCGCGCCAUGGACCUCUCUAAGAAGCAUGGACACCUCCCCGAAGAUCUUCAGGCUAUGCAAACUCCGUUCAGAAGCUACCUUCAAGAAAUGUUGGCUCUGGUGAAUAGGGAAAGAGCAUAG